CGACACACUCAUAGACUUCAAACGCUGAGAAUCUCCCUUCUUCGCAUCUUCCCAAUUGCGAUUCCUCCUCCUUUAAUCCGAAUUAGAAAAAGUGGUUGAAGGCUAUAGCUCAUCAUUCAUCAAAGAUAUCAAGAUUUGGAAUUACUCUCUUCUUCCAGUUUGGUGGUGCAGAAAAGUGAGUUUUUGUUAUGAAACCAAUGGAACAUGCAACUGGCACAUGUUGUAGAAUAGUGAUUAUGAACUUGUUGAGUCAUACAUGAUUAGAGAUUUAGGUUGUAGCCAAAUGGAAAAGAUAGGAGCAGAUGGAGAUGAUCUACUACCAGCAUUGCCUAGAGUUGAUAGAUUUGGAUUUUUAAAACAAGAACAUAGUCAUUCUAAUGGUCUGGCUAGAAGCAAAUCAGCCUACGAUUAUCAAAGGGAUGAAAGAAGGAUAAGAAAAUGGAGGAAAAUGGUUGGUGUUGGAGGAAGUGAUUGGAAGCACUAUGUUCGGAGAAAACCUCAUGUAGUUAAACGGAGAAUACGGAAAGGAAUUCCUGAUUGUCUGAGGGGCCUUGUUUGGCAGCUAAUUUCUGGAAGUCGGGAUCUUUUGCUCAUGAACCCAGGAGUAUAUGAGCAACUAGUCAUAUAUGAGACUUCGGCUUCCGAACUUGAUAUUAUUCGAGAUAUUUCUCGCACCUUUCCUUCACAUGUAUUCUUCCAACAGAGGCAUGGACCAGGCCAGAGGUCUCUUUACAAUGUUCUUAAAGCAUACUCUGUAUAUGACAGAGAUGUUGGAUAUGUGCAGGGCAUGGGAUUUGUGGCUGGCCUCCUGCUUCUUUACAUGAGUGAAGAGGAUGCGUUUUGGUUACUGGUUGCCUUGUUGAAAGGAGCAGUGCACUCUCCAAUGGAAGGAAUGUAUUUGGUUGGACUGCCUCUUGUACAACAAUAUCUCUUCCAAUUUGAUCAUUUAGUGAAGGAUUUUAUGCCGAAGUUGGGGGAGCAUUUUUCCCAUGAAAUGAUAAAUCCUAGCAUGUAUGCAAGUCAGUGGUUCAUAACUGUUUUCUCAUACUCUUUCCCAUUUCACUUGGCUCUUAGAAUUUGGGAUGUAUUUCUCUAUGAGAAUAAAUGUCCUCGCUUCUUCUCUAACUACACCAUGUUGUUGUCUGCUCGAAGACUAGAUUUUCUGCGCCUUAGAUGUGAAAAGAUUGAUAAUCGAACACCUUGGAUAGAACUGUCACCACAGGUCUCCAAGCGUUUGGAAGAACUGAAAGAAGAAUAUGAAAAGCAGCAUGUGGCAGUCCCUCUUGCCCAUGCUAAACAGAAAGAGCCACCACCCUAAGAGGUAGAGUUGUACAUCUCGUUUGAUUUUCAUACAUUUGGAUGGAUGGUUCUGUUAGCUAGUG